GGUUAGGUGAAGUUAAGAGAGGACUUUCCCCACUAUUUCCUUUCUUUUUGUCCAAGCUCGAAAGAGAAGUCAGAUUAACGGCCCAAAAUGUUCCGAAAUUUCAAAUACUAGAUAUGGACGGUCCAGAUAAUUUGGAGCAAUAAAUGAGGGUCAAAAUAAACAACAUAUAUCGAUAUUUGAUAUGCAUUAAGCCAACGAAGCAAAUUACAGUACCACCGUUUCCCCUCUCUAGAAAUUCCUCUCUUUCUCUCUCCAAAACCUUCCGACAAGCAAAGGAGAAAAGAAUGGUUUUUGUCAAGGGUCCCGGCCUUUACACUGACAUUGGCAAGAAAGCCAGAGAUCUUCUUUACAAGGAUUAUCAGGGCGACCAGAAGUUUACACUCACUACUCACACUGCUAAUGGCGUGGCCAUUACUUCAUCUGCGACAAAAAAAGGCGACCUGUUUUUAGCUGAUGUUAACACCCAGCUGAAGAACAAGAACAUCACAACUGACGUGAAAGUGGAUACCCACUCCAAUGUUUACACAACCAUCACUGUUGAUGAGCCUGCUCCUGGAGUGAAGGCCAUCUUUAGCUUUGUUGCUCCUGACCAAAAGUCUGGCAAGGUGGAACUUCAAUAUUUGCAUGAGUAUGCUGGCAUUAGCACUAGCCUUGGGCUGACUGCUAAACCCAUUGUCAACUUCUCUGGUGUUGCUGGGAAUAACAACGCUACUUUUGGGACUGAUGUCUCAUUCGACACAGCCUCAGGGAACUUUGUGAAAUACAAUGCUGGCAUCAGUUAUACCACGACUGACCUAGUCGCAUCCUUGAUGCUGAACGAUAAAGGUGAAACGAUCACAGCUUCCUACUUCCACACAGUGAGCCCAUUGACCAACACAGCCGUUGGAGCUGAGUUGACUCACAGCUUCACGACCAAUGAGAACACACUCACUAUCGGGACACAGCAUGCGCUGGAUCCUCUGACCUCUGUGAAAGCUCGAGUGAACAACUAUGGCAAAGCAAGUGCUCUCAUGCAGCAUGAAUGGCGCCCCAAAUCUCUCAUCACCAUUUCGGGUGAAGUGGACACAAGGGCUAUAGAGAAAAGCGCGAAGAUUGGACUGGCCGUAGCUCUAAAACCAUGAUCCUUGAAGUUUUGAAUUAGAAGGGUGCCAAUGCAAAUUUUUCAAGAAACCAAGCAAGCAAUAAGGUAGACAGGAUUCGGGCAAUGCCCCAUUUUCUCUAUCAAGUUUUGAGCUUGUAAAGUGGCUGAAUUUUCUGUAUGGAUAUGGUUUUGGGUUGUAAAAAUAAUUCUUACUGGAGUGACAACAGUUUGGCGUGACAAUUGGAGUCCAGUCUUAUAUGCAGGAUUAGGUGAAGGGAGAUUCUCUUGUAUCAUCCAUUUUGUUGGAUGUCCUAAUUCAAGGAUAAAGAUGCUGAUGUGUAGAUUAUGCCUUAAUAUAAGGUUGAGAUAAA